AUGGCCGACAGCUUGAAGAUCGGAAACAUGUCGCUCAACGACUCCCAGCACGCGCCCGCCCCCAACCCCUCGACCGGCCGCGCUGCCUACAUUCCCCCUCACCUUCGUGGCCGCCAGGGUGGCCAGGCCGGAGGUAUGGAUGGCGCUGGCGCUGGUGCUGCUCCCGCUCCCGCCCCCCCUGCCGGUGGAAACACCGGCUCUUAUCAAGGUCGUCGUGGAGGUAAUUACGCCAACGCUAACGCCCCUGAUUUUAGCCCUCGAGGAGGUCCCGCCAAUGGUAAACCCACCUGGACUGCGGAUGAUGGAUUUCGUCCCGCUUUCGAUCCCAAUGCUUACGGAAACCCAGGUCACAGCGGCUCGUACAGCGGCGGCGGUUCCUACGGCGGCGGCGGCGGCGGUGGCGGUGCUGCUAGAGGCUCUGGUGAUGGCCAGUGGCGCGAUGGCAAGCACGUCCCCGGUCCGUCCAACGCCCGUCUCGAGCGCGAACUCUUCGGUGUCCCCAACGAUCCCACCAAGCAGCACACCGGCAUCAACUUCGCUAACUACGACGAUAUCCCCGUCGAAGCGUCCGGUCACGAUGUUCCCGAGCCCGUCAACACGUUUACUAACCCCCCGCUCGAUGACCACCUGAUCUCUAACAUCCAGCUUGCUAGCUACAAGACCCCUACUCCCGUCCAGAAGUACUCCAUCCCCAUUGUCAUGAACGGCCGCGAUCUCAUGGCCUGCGCCCAGACCGGUUCCGGAAAGACCGGUGGUUUCCUCUUCCCCAUCCUGUCCCAGGCCUUCCAGACCGGUCCCUCCGCCGUGCCCGCCCAGGCCUCCGGCCAGUUCAGCUACGGCCGCCAGCGCAAGGCCUACCCCACCUCGCUCAUUCUCGCACCCACCCGCGAGCUGGUCUCCCAGAUCUAUGACGAAGCCCGCAAGUUCGCCUACCGCUCCUGGGUCCGCCCCUGCGUCGUCUACGGUGGUGCCGACAUUGGCUCCCAGCUGCGCCAGAUCGAGCGCGGCUGUGACCUGCUCGUCGCCACCCCCGGUCGUCUCGUCGAUCUGAUCGAGCGUGGCCGCAUCUCCCUGGUCAACAUCAAGUACCUGGUCCUCGAUGAGGCUGAUCGCAUGCUGGACAUGGGUUUCGAGCCCCAGAUUCGCCGCAUCGUCGAGGGUGAGGACAUGCCCGCCGUCAACGACCGCCAGACCCUCAUGUUCUCUGCCACCUUCCCCCGUGACAUCCAGAUGCUCGCCCGCGAUUUCCUCAAGGACUACGUCUUCCUGUCCGUCGGUCGUGUCGGUUCCACCUCGGAGAACAUCACCCAGAAGAUCGAAUACGUCGAGGACCACGACAAGCGCUCCGUCCUGCUGGACAUCCUCCACACCCACGGCACCAACGGUCUCACCCUCAUCUUCGUCGAGACUAAGCGCAUGGCCGACUCCUUGUCCGACUUCCUCAUCAACCAGCGCUUCCCCGCCACUGCCAUCCACGGUGAUCGCACCCAGCGCGAGCGUGAACGUGCCCUCGAAUUCUUCCGUAACGGUCGCUGCCCCAUCCUCGUCGCCACGGCCGUCGCCGCCCGUGGUCUCGAUAUCCCCAACGUCACCCACGUCAUCAAUUACGACCUCCCCACUGACAUCGAUGACUACGUCCACCGUAUCGGUCGUACCGGUCGUGCUGGUAACACCGGUAUCGCCACCGCCUUCUUCAACCGCGGCAACCGUGGCGUCGUUCGCGAGCUGAUCGACCUCCUCAAGGAGGCCCACCAGGAGGUCCCUUCUUUCCUCGAGAGCAUUGCCCGUGAGGGUAGCGGAUACGGUGGUCGCGGUGGCCGCGGCAGCCGUGGUCGUGGUGGCAACGCCACCCGUGACAUGCGUCGCGUGGGCGGCGGCAUGGGCGGUGCCCCCUCCUCCUUUGGCGGCAGCGGUGGUGGCAGCUACGGCGGCAGCGGUGGCGGCAACUACAGCGGCGGUGGCAGCGGUUACGGUGGUGCUCCCUCCUACGGCGGAAGCGGUGGCGGUGGUGGUGGUGCUGGUGGUGGUAGCUACGGCGGCAGCGGUGGCUACAGCGGUGGCUACGGCAACCCCUCCGGCCCUACCGGUCCCUCCUCCUGGUGGUAA